AUGUCUUUAUCUUUAAAGGUGAGCUCAAUAGUGCCUUCUUAUCAUCUUCCUUUGGCUUAUUCUACUAGAAAUCACACAUUGCUCGUUCUUCCCAAUGGACUCAAAUGUCUUCUAAUCCAUGAUCCAUCUUCUGAAAUGAUGUGUGGAGCCGUAACAGUCAAUUGUGGAGCCUUCAAUGAUCCUCCGAACGUACCUGGAUUGGCCCAUUUGACGGAGCACUUGAUUCUUAGAGGCUCCAAGACUCAUAAAUCAGGCAGUUUGGGUCGGAAGCUUGCUGAAUGUGGGGGUCAGUUGAAUGCCUAUACCACCAGCACCCAGUCAUGCUUCUAUUUCCAAGUCUCAACAUUUGCAACCAAUACCGUCGGAGAUGGCUCUUCUAUAGUGGAAUCGAUAUUGCCAAUAUUCUCGUCAUACUUAACUUGUCCGUUAUUAAGCGAGAGAUAUGUUAGCCAGGAAAUCCUAGCCGUGGACGACGAACAUAAUGGCAAUCGAAACAAUCAGGAAAAAGUACUAUUCCAUGGGUAUCGACUCUUGGCCAAUCCAAAACAUGUCUUCAGUCGCUUUGCAACCGGAAAUUUCGACACACUCUCGAUGAUUUCAUCCAAGAAGAUUAAAUCUAUGGCCAAAUCAUACUUCAGCAAUAAUUUCACUCCACAAAAUAUGUCCUUGGUAUUCAAAGGGCCACAAACAGUACUACAGCUCAAAAAGAUGGUACUCAGUGAAUUCAUGUCGUUGGGAUCAUCACCCAAGACCUUGCCACAUCCAAACGAUGGAAUCUCAACUUCGGAGCCAACGUUACAUCUGGAAUUCCCCAAAGACGAAAUUGAUCUUUUUAUCACUCAGGGUCCCAAUACUAUUGUAUUGAGAACACCGUUCGCUCCCAAGAUCAGAAUCUGUUUCCCAAUCUACCUAAUGAAACAGACAGAAAACUAUAAUCCUACGGUGCGAUCACUCUGCAAUCUACUUGGAGAGGAAGGUCCAGAAUCUUUGAGUAGCCUCUUGAGUAUGGAAAAAGGGUGGAUUUCGGCUCUCUUUGUAUUUGUUCAAACAUUGUAUUCCGACGUGCAAAUGCUUGUUAUUGACUUAGAGCCAACCAAAUCAGCAUGGAGCCAUCUAAAGGAAAUAGUCCAUGAGAUAAUAUCUUACUUAAAGAGAAAUAUUGGAGAAUGCAAGGAAGAGACUUUAAACGUCCUAGCAGAUUACUAUUCAAAACUUGACGAAUAUAAUAUCAUUUCUCAACCAGCUUCUGUGACCCUGCUUGAUGAUGUGUUGGACUACGCUGAACGAUUGAAUCGCUCCUUCGCUGAUGCAAUGCAACCAAACUUCAUUUCCUCGUUUAAAUCUUGGAGCAAUAUCUUUGCGGCAUCUCAAACUAUUAAGAAUAUGAUUAAUGUUUGUUUCACCGAAUGUCUGGUAAAAGUAAUAAUCUUGGCUCCUCCCGAAGUAUCUGUUGAGCAGACAAUCAGAAUACAAGAAGAGUACUUUGGCUUUGAGUAUGAGCUUUCCAGAUUGGAUUUCGACAACAGUCCACAAUUUGAUUUCUCAGAGAAAAAAUUACCAAGUCCGAGAGCUGAAAUUGUCGGCAACAUGAUAUCCCGGUUGAAUAACUCAACAAGGAUAUCGACCAGCCACAUGGUGCGAGGGUUUGAGUCCGAACUGCUUAAUCCUCACCUCAUGUCCUACGAUCAAAGCCACGAAAUAUGGAAAUCAACGAACCCACAAACUAGUUACGAAAACUCGAUUGUUACUGUUGCCAUAAGAUUUCCACAUAUCAGGGCCUCAGCCACAAAUAGUGUCAUCUUAGACUUGCUCGUUGAACUCGCUGGCAACGAACUCAGAGGACCCUUGUAUGAUUUCGAGAAAAUUGGAAGUUUCUGGGGUCUUUUUUCUAAUAUUAAUAGAUGUAGCUCAAUAAUGGUGACAACGUCUGGCUCACAAGAUGCUGUUGAAAGUAUGCUUCUUCAGAUAUUUGCAACUCUUAGAGAGACAGCAAAUAGAUUGCACGCAUAUCCUUACGCUCACUUGAAGAAAGCCCGAGUGAAUCUAAGGAAGCGAUACGAGCAAAACAAAGAUUGCAGCAACAUCACAAAGGUGUUAUCUGCCUCAUAUGUUCUUUUGGAGGAGGGUAUCAUCACUCCAAGAGAGAAGAUGGAAUCGCUCGAAUUGGUUGAUGAGAAAUGCUUGAAAAGCUUCAAAAAUCAGUUCUUGAAUUCACAGGAGUACUUAUCAGUGGUUAAAACAGGAGAAUUAAACACCAGCUGUUUGACCAAUUUGUACAUCGUGGGGAAGAAUUAUGGAUUUGGAAAGGAAUUACGAGAUCCAUCAAGCGUUGUUCUAAGGGACGGUUCUUUCUAUUUAUUCGAAACCGAGACGAGAGAGGAUGACAAUAUUUCCGUUGUCAUGCACUAUACUCAGAUCGGAAGUCGCUCCGAUACUUCAUUAUUUGUUUUGGCCAAAUUCUACCUGUAUUUGGUCUCCACAACCGCCAUGGACGAAUUGAGAAUUCAGAGACAACUUUCGUACAGCGUAUAUUCUGGACUCCGAAUGUUUCAUCGACAAUUCGGUAUAUAUAUUUUGAUUCCAUCCGCCUGGCAUUCUUGCAGUCACCUUACUGAUCAGGUCGAGGAAUUUUUGCAAGUGGUUGAGGAAAUGGUAACUUCAUAUUCAGAAGAGGAGUUUCAUGAACAGUUACUUUUGCCAUUUAUUCAAACUCUUAGCGGCAACUCCUCAGAAUGCGAUGCCGAGUCAGGGUUGUUUGCUUCUCUUCAGCCCCAAAAAGGUUCUGGAGACAAACCAUGUGGCCCAGAAUUUUGUGAACAUUGGAAUCAUCUCAAUCAGAUAUUGAACAGCACAUACAAAUUCGAAAGCAAGAAUUGUGAGGAGCCUUGCGACGUCAAUUUGAUCAGAGGGAUUUCUAGAAAAGAAUUUCUCGAGUUCAUUGGUCAGCACAUGCUUCCAAAAUCACUUCAGAGGUCAGUCUUGGUAAUUUGCAGCCAUCCAUUUAACGGCAUAGAAUUUCAGAGGAAGCAGGUAGUUUCACGGAAUCUUUUUCAGAAAAUGGAAAGAUUGGAUAUAAAUAUCGACGAGGACAGUAUCUUAGAUGCUCUUCUUAAAAGUGACAAUGCAGAGGCAUACGGAGAUGCCUUCAGAAUUCUCUCAAAGCGAUACCCAAAUCAAAAGAUCAAACUAAAAAGAUUGCAGCUCGAGGCACAAUUUGGAAAUCUUCUAUUAAAAGUUGGUGUUAGCUUAGGAAAAUUUUCGUUAAUGAAGAACGGGAGGAGGUGCUUCAUGGAAUCUAGGGUACCUAUGGUAAGAUGCUCGGAUUAUCAUCAAAUUCACCGAGAAAGCUCGGUGACCCCGACAAUGCUGCUAACAGAAAAAUUCGAGAAGCUUAUUCGUAUUGAAGAGUAUCAGGAGAAUAGCAUCUACUAA